CACAAAUAUUCUCUUCUUGACGAAAAAGAUGUUCAUCUAGUGAAAAAGUUUCGAUUUGAGGCAAAAGUUGAUGUCAAUAAAGAUGGUAAUGGUGCUAACAUCUUUGCAUAUGCAUUUGACUUGUCAAGAGAAGGAACAAGUGGAUGCUAUUUCCAUGAAUAUAUUUGGGAGAGACAUUGUGGUGGCAUAGCACCUGGCUUUAGAGUUUGUCACAAAAAUGGUGUAACAGUUGACAACAGAUUAAAUAACUUGUGUGUAGUACCAUCCCCUCAAAGCAAAGACUCAAAAGUAAAGUCCAGCAGUGCUGAUAGUGCUGGUCAUAGUAAUAACUGUGGGAGUGAACCUCGGGAAGACCAAAGAUUAUACUGGAUGGCUGUGUGUAGACUGCCUCCAUUUGAGGCAGAGCAUGAGCAUUUUAUGAAUUUAAACUACAAGUGUUAUAACGCAAAUGGGGAACAAGUAUUAGAAGAAGACGAUACCUUAUCUUUUUAUGAGUGCCACUACCCCCCUUGCUGUAAAAUGGAAACUGAGCUACGGGAGUUCAGUAUUUGUGGACAGUGCCAGCAAGUCAGAUACUGUGGACCUCUUUGUCAAGAGAGAGAUUGGCCUUCCCACAAGAAGUACUGCAAGGAAAAGGCUCGACAGAGAAUUAAUUGUGACAUGUUCCCUGAGCGUUAGACUGAAGUUUGAUGGCUGUUUCAUUAGUUACAUCAACAUGUACGCUUCACAUGUCACAUUAUUAUUACUUUCAACUUUUAUGAUAUUAGAGUAUCCUUAGUUUAUUUUGUUGCUCAAUUCUAAAGCACAAAUGAUUGAAGCGAACUUUAGAGACUGCACUUGUCAUUUAUUGUGUACUUAAAAAGGAUUAACAUGCAUUCUCUCUAGUUUGGCUUUAGAAUUCAAAAAGAGUUUGUGUUUGUAAUAGGCUCAAUUGGUCAGAAAUAACACUAUUUACAUGACUGUACAUGUCACUGUACUGCUCUCUUUCAAAUUAGGUUUAUUUAUAUAUGCUUGUUAUUUUUGAAGUAUAAUGCAACCUUCAAUUUGACAAGUUGUAGUGUAAAUCCCUUGAAUUAGAUAUUGAAGUGAAGCUGAUAUAUCAGGACUAAUACCCUGUUCCAGGUGUUCAGUUGAUGAAAUGGAGCAAACUGUCAAAUGGCACAACAGUAGCAGAGGAGUGAAAAAGCAAGAAAGGUCUGGGUCAGGGUCAGGUAAAGUUCAUUACAUGACCCAAACCUAUGUCUUUCUUUCACUCCUCUGCUGCUGUAGCACUGUUUCCUAUCGUGAUACAUUUUACUAGCUUAACAUCUGAUACAGGCUGCAUGACUAAAACCAUUUUCAAGACACCUCUCUUGGUUAAAAGUUAUUUAUUUCCACACUCUUAUCUUGAGAUAAACUUUCUUAAGAAAUUGCCCCUGAUAAUUUUCAAAACAUUUGUUGUUGCACCUUUAGUGUUAAGACUCUACUUUCUUUUGACCAGACAUAAUUAACAGGAAGUUUCUUUUCCUAUCUUUGGGCAUGGUAUCCUGUUAAUCUAACACAGCUCACGACAAAAUGUUAAUUUCAGGAGAGAAGGUGUCUUCUUGUAGCUCAUGCACUUAACCCUUUCACUCCUGGGUGUGGCCAAAAAGUAGUUGCUCCUUACAAUAUCAUUAUGCGAUCAUUCAGACAGAUGAGAAUAGAAAUAAAUGACAACUACGAGAUAUUAUUAGAGUUAGCACCAAAUUCCUAGAACUGAAAUUGUAGAAAAUGUAUAGCAGACAAAGCAGUUAAUUGAUAUUUAGAACUUGGGUGUGAAAGAGUUAAGUAUUUGUUGCUCUGUUUAUUGUUUGAUCCAUGGUGGAACUGUACAGUUAUUGAAUAAUGAAUUAAAUCACUAUUGACAUGUUUA